GCAAGAUGAAGAUAACUCAGAAGACGGCUCAUCUGUGCGAUCAGGACCUCUGUGGAAGAAUUAUGAAGCUCUAGAGAAUGACAUCGCUGAUUCGGUCUCGCUAGCAAAUAAAUACAUUCGCCAAAAGAUAUCAGAGAACACAGAUCGUUCAGAUUCGCACAGCUCCAGUGGUUCAGUGAAAGAAGUUGAGAAAGUAGAAGCGUGCACGAUUCCUGGUUUGAAAAAGCCUGAGCUGCCAGUCUUCAGUGGGGAUCAGAUGCAGUUUAGUGACUGGUCGGAGAUGUUUAAUGCAUUCGUCGACAGCGAGAAAAUACCGGCUAAGUUCAAGAUGAUUUACAUGAAAAACUAUCUCGCGGGAGAGCCUCUGAGAAUUGUAGAAAGGUACAGACCCACAGAAACGGGAUAUGCAAAGGCGAAAGAAGAGUUAGACAAGAAAUACGGUGGAAAAAUGUUCAAAAUCCGAAACGAGCUUGAUUCAAUAAGACGCACGCGGCCGAUUCAAGUGGAUGAAACCAAGCGGCUAGAAGAAUUCUCUGACAGAGUGACAAGUUUAGUGACAAACUUAAAGGAAAGUGGAUGCGUGUCAGAUCUCACAAACACGUCUGCAUACUACUUACUUGUUGUAGAGAAGCUCCAUCAUUUCUACGUGAAGAACUACAACAGAUGGCUAAGCACUGAGCACAGAGAAGACAACUUCGAGUCAUUCGCCGAGUGGCUGACAGAUGAAGCGCUAUUCGAGAAAAGAGCAAAGCAAAUGACACAAACCACGAGCAGCAUGCCAAACACUCGACAUCAGCAAAGGAAGACAUUCCGAGUGAAGACCCAGAAUCAACAUCAGCCAGCAGUGCGGCAGUCCUUCAGUCCGCCGUCAGAUACAAACUGCAUGGUUUGUCAAGCUGAUCACGCCUUGGAGAGCUGUGCUGUUUUUCAGAGCUGGACAGUGGGCAAAAGAUACGAGUUCUGUAAGCAGACAAGAAUCUGUUUUAGAUGUCUCGCCGGACAACAUCGUGGAAUAAGAUGCCACCGGUUUCCUGGAUGUCAGUUAGAGGGGUGUGGAGGAAGCCACCACACCUUACUGCAUGCCAGUCUGCGACAAGAUAAGCAACUGGAACAGAGAGGACGGCUGAAAGAGCAGCACCGACAGACGGAGAACACAAGUCAGAACCGUCAGACUACGAGCCAUCUACCUCAGCAAGGUCAACUAGAACAGAGCGGACAGUUGAGCUGGUCACAAUACCGCCAAGAAGGAGCUCACAGCAGUGGAUGUCAGCCAUCGCGCAACACGCCAAACACCACCAGCAGUAGCAGUAGCGGGAACACACAAAGCUCCGGAAUAACCUACAAUACGGCAGCCUCCAGAUCACCACCAGGAAAAGAAGCGACCGCAUUCCAGACAGUUCCAGUGCGCGUGCACCACAACGGCCUUUAG